CCUUAGCCAGUUGCUUCAGUGUGUGCGUGCAUUUGACUAAUCGAAUACUCCACGAAAUAGCAAGUACGAUUCCGAGCACACCUUUCGUCAUCACCCAGCGACCUGUGGUGUGUCAACUACAGGUAGAUGACACAGAUUUUGAGAGGCACUCUUCAGCUUUACAUUUUCGAGUUUACUGGACGGGGUUGGACUGUUACAUUGAAACAUUUUCGUUGGAUUAUCCCCUAAAGAAAUGAACAUUAGGAUCAAUUAUUGUUUGGUUUGAAAUUGAUCGAAAUCAGACAGAUCUGCAUAAGAAGUGGUGCGAUCAAAAUGCGGUGACACAUCUGCUUACUGACUUCUCAAACAUUAGAAAGCAGGGUAACUAACUAAAGCAAAUAAAUAAUUCAUUUCCGCAUAGCUGACAGAUAACUGAGCGGAUAGUUAUAGCUCCAAUCGCGUUUUAUUUCUUGAUUAAUGAACUAGCAUGGAAUAUAUUCAAAGUUUAGCGGACCCGAAGCAUGUUGCCAGAUUUCAGCGUCUGUGUGGGGUCAUCGCCGAGAAACCCGAGACUCGUGACCAACACACACAAACAUUGAAGUCAUCAACAGACGACAGCCAUCGACAGCAGGGGGACGAACUGUGGGAAGACAUACAACACUGCAACACAGAAUGCAGAACAAGAAAGAACAUGGCAAACAAUAACAAUGAUUAUAUCAGUAGUAAAAUUCAAGACAAAUUCAACCACCCGAACUGUAAUGGGGUCUCAGAGUUGGAGGAAAAUCUCAUCAACAAAAGCAACAGUUUAAAAAAGGGAUAUGACAAGAAUGAGAUUAUCCACUGUAAUGGUCACUCUGUUAAUCCCAAGGCGAAUGGUCACAUUUCUGCAGCUGCCAGUGAUGAUUCAGCCCCGCCAGUAAAAACACCAGUGAAGAUUAAGUACAAAUCAUUGUUAUACUUAGCACAUUUUGGAGCUUUUCUCGGAAAUGAGGAGUUUUACCUGACCUUUUUUCCUUUUUGUCUCUGGAACUUGGAUGGUGUCGUGAUCAGACAGGUUGCCUGGUUGUGGUGUGUAGUCAUGUAUCUAGGUCAGGCUACCAAGGACUAUCUUCGCUGGCCUAGACCCCCAUGUCCCCCUGUUGUGAGGCUGGAGACUCACUACCUGCAGGAGUAUUCCAUGCCAUCUACUCACGCCAUGGCCGGCACAGCCAUACCUGUUUAUCUUGUGUAUAUGGUCAUGGAGAGAUACCAGGUUCCGUUCCUGAUUCCCGCUAUUAUUGCUGUCUUAUGGUUUACUAUAACUUGUUUGAGCAGACUGUACCUAGGUGUUCAUACAAUCUUGGAUCUUCUUGUAGGAUUUAUCUAUGCAGUUUUAAUUGUGUGCUCAUUUACUAAGUAUGUGGAAGCAUUUGACAUGUACCAACAGACCAACAUAUCUGCUGCCCCUGUUAUGCUGUUGAUGUCACUGGCUCUGUGCACCGUCUGCUACCCAAGCAACUACAAGAACUCAUCCAAGGGUGACGCCAUACAAAUUGUCGCCUCAUUGACUGGUGUGGGGAUUGGCCAGUGGUUUAGUUACCAGCUUGGGCUAACCCAAGCACCUGAAGUACUGGGACCGUACAUAAUAGAAAUGCCAACUUUAAUGUGGUUUUGGAUGGCCUUGGUUAGGUUUGUAACUGGUGGUGCUGUUCUUGCCUUAAUUUACCUUGUCACUAGAUGGUUGUCCAUCAGGUUUUUCUCUUAUAUAUUUGGGCUUGACAAGCCUGACAAAACAUUCCCGUCAGUAAUGAUAGCUUAUAAAUUCACCACCUAUUGUUUAGUAGGUGCUGGCAUUUCCUUUAUAGUGCCUGUUUUCCACCUCUAUUUUGGUAUCCACAGACCAGCAAUUUUUUAUGAGCUUUCAUAAUGUCCAUAAAUAUUAAAUUGUUCUAAAAUGAUACUGUAUACAAUUUUGGGAUGUUUUGAUUUACAAUUUUGUAAAACUAGUAUUUCUUUUAAUUAAUAUCUUGAGAUUACUAACUUAGCUAAAUUUAGUUUUCUAUGAAUUUUCUAAAGUUUUGUUUGAUUGUUUAAAAUUAAAAUGGUUGACUGGAUAUAGCUUUUUUAAAAAAUGUUAUUAAUGGUUUAUAUUCUGUACUUUUACAUAAUGAAGCAAUUUUUAUUUACAAGAUUAGAAUGGAAUUAUUAAUAUGAAAUACUGACUACCUGAUAUAAUUUGAAUAAAUUAUGCUGACAAUUUCAAGCGACAUCUAAAGUAAUACAAACGAUGAAAUGGUUUUAGAAAUUAUUUGUUAAUAGCCAAAAGAUAUUACUCAAGAAUAAACCGUUUUUUUAUUUUAUUUUGCUUUUGUUUGAAUAUUCAAAUUUAACCAAUUGAUUUCGUUACCCAUUUUGUUUAAUUAUUCUGUUAAUUACUAUGGGUGUAUUGUUUGCCAAUUUUGUUUUUAAAAUUGUAAAGCCAUUUGGUUUAAAAAAGGGAAAGAUUGAAUUUAGUGUGCAUUAUCUGCUUUGCUUUAACUCAAUAUCAACUGCUGUUAUUACAUUUUAUACCACAAAUCUAUUUUUUUAAAUAGUUUGUUCAUUGCGAGUACCAACAUUUGGGCGGAAAUGUAGUAUUUUAAAAAUUUCUGUUUGAACGCAAGAAAUAUUUGGUAAAAAAAUCUGCCACAUUGGACCCCAGAGGGAUUUCUCGCAAGCUCAAUGGGCUGGAGAAUAAGAACACAUGUUACCACUUUGUGUUUAGAUGAUCUCUGGGAAUCCCAUGUUUCUUGUGUUUUCAUAGAAGUUAUGCUAUUUAUGGCCAGUCCACAAGCCUGGUUUUUAUGAAGGCCAAAUGUUAACUACCACUGCAUAAUAUUGAUGUUACUUUACAACAUUCCAUUCUCAUAAUAUUUUUGUGUGGAUUUAUUUUUUUCUAAUGCAAUACAAUACGACAAUUUUUUUUAAAACGCUGAAAUAUUUCAACCAAAUUUUCUUUAAAAACUUAUAUUUAUGUAAUUUCAAAUAAUUAAAGCUAAAAAAAAUUAUGGCUGUUUGUGUGUGCUAUCUGAAACUAUUGCUUACAUAUUAUUUUUAGACAUUUAUGUAAUAAUAACUUUUGGUUACCUAUUUUCUCAACAAAUUUUGAUAUUUUUAUAUCUGUAGAUAUGUGUUUUCACAAAUAAAUGUUGCUAUUUUAGUUAUCAAUUAAAUGAUAACCUGUUUGGGGUAUAUUAAUGAAAUAAUUAAUGUUUCAUUAUGUGUUUGUGUAAAUUUAUAUUUAAUGCUAAUUUCAUAGAGUUAAGAUUGUAAAAUAUUUGUGAUCUUUGUUUUCAUUUACUUUUUAAGCACUUACAGCAAUACUUACUGAAAUUUUACUUGUUUAUCGUAGAGUUCUUUUUUACCAAAAUUAACAAACUGUUUUUUACACUAUUAAAAAAACAGUUCGUUAUUUAUUUGCAAAAAGACAGCAAAAUGUGUUAACACUGACAUUUUCCUGUGUUUCCUAUAGUAAUCUUUGUCUUCAAGUUUUGUGUUUCUUCUUUAAAACCCAGCAGCAGUAGUAAUUUAUUAAACUAUGUAAAUGUUAUUACAGCUAAAAGAUAAAUAUGUUUUUAAGAACAUUGAGUUUUAGAAAGGAUUGUCAAAUAAACAACUUCCAAUUUUUUAGUCAUUUCUAAAACAAAGACUUUCACAAAAAUGAGAAACACUUGUCUCAGUAUUUUUAUUGUUAAUUAGUGGCAUCACUAAACUUUUAUUAAUUUUCUGAUUGAUUUUAUUAAUAAUUAUGUUUUCACCUUAAAAUGAGCAUUUAAUAUAGAAAACAUUUUUUUUAAAGAAUUUUAAAAAUACAUAAACCUUAAAAAGCAACAGUAACAGUUUUUUUUUGUCAAUUAAAACCCACCUAAAGAUAAAAAUUAGUUUCAUAUUCAAUUUUCUGUUAAAUCUUUGCUUUUAAUUGUAGUAAAGUCUUUACAAAUUUUUUUUGCAGCAAAAUUAAUUAAAAAUCAAUAUUUGUCCAUAUUAGCAACCAUAAAACCAGUUAUUAUGAAGCUUUUGUUUUUACAUAAUGUAAGAGUAUUUUUAUACAAACUGAUAACCAACUUCUUGAGUUUCUAAUAUGUACAUUUGUUCCAAUUAUACUAUAAUUGGAAAGAUGAGUAUUUUGUAUUUUUCAAAAAAAUAAUUUUGUUUAAAAUUGAUCUCGAACAAAUUUUUGACAUCUAAAAAACUUGUAAUUUCAUAAAGUUGUUGUCUAAAAUACUCUUAUUCAGUUUUCUGAAGACGAAGAUAAAAAAUUUGCUAAAAGUAUGUCUCUUCCCCCCCCCCCCCCCCCCCCCAGCAUUUAAAUAUCAAAAUAUGUUGAUGUAAUUAAAAUGGCUACAAGCUUUAGUGAAAUAAAAAUAAUAAGUAGAGUAUGCUGUUAAGUAUGAUUUUGUAGAUGCAGUAACUUUUAACAUCCAAUCAUAGAAAUUGCUGCUUGGAAACUCAACUAACAAUGGAAUAUAAAUUAGUUUUAGGUCAAGUAUAAGGGGUAAAAAAGUUAUUUUGUUUUUAAUUCUUGACCUUUGUAAAGAAAACAUUAAAUAUUCAUUAAUAUCAUUUAAGAUUCUCAUUAGCAGUAAUAUUUAAAUUUUAAAUGGAGCUGUUGUUGGUAUUAAAUAAUCCAGACAUGUUUCUUUCCAUACCACAAACACUGACUCAUAUGAUGAACAUGUUAAAUUUAAAAUAUUUAAACUGCCUAUCAAGAAGUUAUCUCAGGAGUCUGCACUACAUUUGAAUGCACGGUUUGAAGAUUUAAGCAAUAAAAUUAUGGUUUUUA